UUGUUAUUGUUUUGUUUACAUCUUCAACAAAAUAUCAAGAAAGUAGACUAAUAUAACUAAAAAGAAUUUUCUUUUGGUAUUAAGUUUUAUAGUAAUUAAUUGAUUGGAUUAUUAGCUACGCCUAUUGAUAUUUUAAACUUUUUAUUAGCAAUAUAAGUUAGGCCUACUGUAGGUCUGUAUUUCUAAAUACUGAGGAUGUGUUUGAUCAGAACAAUAUGUUUGAAGAAGUCAUUUCAAUUUAAAAGGCAGAUUUUGAAUGUACAAACAGCCAUGAUGACUCAAAGAAAUUUAUCCUUUGAUUUAAAGGAACACAUUACAACUAUAAACAACUAUACAAUCAACUAUACUGUUGUCGGAAAUGGAAAACAUAAUUUACUUCUCUUACCAGGAGCAAUGGGUACAAUGCAAAGUGAUUUUGCUCCACAAUUCAGUGGUUUAGAUCAAGAAAAGUAUACCUUGAUAUCAUGGGAUCCAAUUGGGUAUGGAAAAAGCAGACCUCCUCAACGAGAAUUCAUGCCAGAUUUUUAUGUGAACGACGCCAAAGUCGUAGGAGCUCUAAUGAAUAAACUGGACCGGCGGCAGUACUCUGUGUUGGGAUGGAGUGAUGGAGCCAUCACAGCCAUCAUCUUGGCGGCGCUGCACCCUGACAAUUUACACCGGGCUGUGCUGCUCGCACCGAUGGCGUAUGUUACUAAGGAGGAUGUUGCAAUCUACCAGGGGCUGAAGGAUAUCAGCCAGUGGACACCACAGUUGAGGCAGAAACUGGAGGCUGUGUAUGGAGCUGAAUACCUGACAACAUUGUGGACUAACUACUGCCAAUAUUUCGAGGACACGUUGAGCCAGAGAGAUGGCGAGGUGUGUCGCAAGUAUUUGUCCCAAGUGAAGUGUCCGACACUGGUGUUACAUGGAGAGCUGGACCCUGUAGUACCUCUACAUCAUGGAGAAUAUGUGGCCAGACACAUCCAGAGUGCGGAGUACCGUGUGAUUAAAAAAGGUAGACAUAAUUUCCACUACAAGUUUUCAGACAAAAUCAACUCAAUGAUUGACGACUUUUUAUCAAAACCCGAGGACUUGGGGGCUACGGGUAUUGUUAAUCUGUAGUGAAUGUUGUAUGUUUUUAUCAGAAUACCAAUUUUUUGGUUACUUUAAGGUUAUGGGAAUUGUAAUUGUUCAAGUCUUGCACUUAAAAAUUAUAAUUUAGAGACAUUUUAGUUUAUAAUCCAGAUUAAAUGGAAAUUACGUUGAAUGUACCACACAACAGUACAGUAGUGAUAUUGAUAGUGUUAUUGAAAUAGUGCAUUAUUCUUUUUUAAAGUGUUGUCACUAUCUAGCUUUUACAAGCUAGAAAUAUCAACAAUCCCCUGGAUAUGAUGAUGCUUUGAAGUUUAUUUCACAUAUUCAAUUCUUAUUGUGGCAUUCCAUGAAUGUUUAUAAAAUGUAAUACGGGAUGAGACUGCCUUAGGUAAAUUAUAUUUUUGUACUCUGUAUAAACUUUUCACAAACUUUACAACCAGUGAAUAAGUCUGAACGCAUUGUAAUUAGGAAGCAAAAUUGAUUUAUAUUCAGAAGAAGUUGACUCAACGAAUAAGUUUAAUGGCGCUUUCUUUUAAUUCAAUCUUCAAUAUAUUUUUUUAUAAGUGCCUUCUUUGAAAUUGUAGGUUAUUUAGAUUCUAGUUUAGUUAAUUUUCUUGCAAAGUUACAAUUGAUAUCAUGAAUAUAGCAAGUUUUGUUGUUAGUUUUAUAGUUUUAGGAUUUUGCAUGGGGGGUAAGCAUAUUACAACACAUAGUCACUAAAAUUGCUAGGUUUUAGUGCUAAAUAUAAAACCUAGUCAUGCAGCAUUUUUAAUUUGCAUUUGUGUUCAAAUAACUGGUUGCUUAUUUUAAACGUACAGUCAAAAAAUUCAAAACGUUUCUUUAAGAACAAGCAAGAUACCUGGGCCAACAAUGACUUCUUAUUGUCCAUUCAACUAAUUUUCCUAAAUUAAUUUUCUAUUUCUAGUCAGCAUUUCAUUUUUGUUAGUAGGAUAUGUAUUUCAAACAACUACAACCUAUAUUUUUUUAGACAUGUUUUUUAAGAGGGUUCGACCCGGUCAAUUUAAGAUGGCGGCUAAACACGCUAAUAUUCCUGAACAUGUCUCUACAGUACAAGCUACCAACAUUCUAAAACUAAUUUUUUCCAAUUAUUGUGUGCUUGUGGUGCUCUUAACAUAUCAGAGCUUGCAGUGGGUGGAGCAAAAAUAGUUUUU